AUGACUUUUCUCAAACGACUUAGUCUUCACUAUCGUGAAUUGGAAAAGAAUUCAGCUCCAUUACGUCAUGAAAAGCCUAAAGAUCCUAAAAAGAAUAUGACUCAUCGGAUUGGUUAUAUUGAUGGACCAGAAGAAACACCAUUUGCUGGUGGAAGAUUUCAUCUUAAUAUUGAUUUUCCAGCAGAGUUUCCAUUCAAACCACCACAUAUUCGUUUUAUUACAUCAAUUUAUCAUCCAAAUAUUAGUACAGAAGGUGAAAUGUGUUUAGAUAUUCUUCAUUCUCAAUGA